CCAGGGAAAAUGAAUGUGUUUUUGCGGUCUUUUGGAUUUUAACUGUUUUUUUUUUUCAAGGUACAAAUUGGGAGACUCAUAUCUAAUCAUUGUUACUGAUAUGUGAUUGGCUGAUGGGAGAACUGCAUGAAUAAGCAGGUCACAGCGAGUCCAGUGCCAGCGAAACAGUAUGGGUCUGUUAUCUGACCCAAACCGAAGGAAGGCGUUGACGAGUCUCCUCACACGCCUCAACGCUCCUAUAUGUGUGGUGUGCUACAUGGCAGGCAUUGCCUGGUUCAUGGGCCUGGCGUUUGAGCCGUUUACUCUGCGGACGUACAUGUCGGAGAACGCAAUGGGUUCCACCAUGGUGGAGGAGCGGUUCCCUUCAGGAGAAAGGGCUUUGGCUAGCGCACAGGAGUUUGCAGCUCGGAAGAAAAAGGCUGGGGGCAUGCCGGUGGACUGGCUGGUGAAGACGAUGCAGGACAGAGGGCUGGAGGUUUUCACUCAGAGCUUCUCACGCACUCUGCCUUUCCCUGAUGAGAGCAAGGAGAGAUUUAUGGUUCGAGGCACUAAUGUGUAUGGGAUCUUGCGAGCACCUCGAGCUCCACGAACAGAAGCCCUGGUGUUCAGCGCCUCCUGCAGUCCCGACAACAGCAACAACCAAGCAGUCGGUCUUCUGCUGGCUCUCGCCCAGUAUUUCAGAAGUCAGAUUUACUGGGCUAAAGACAUCAUAUUCCUGGUGAACGAACACGAUCUUAUUGGCAUGCAGGCCUGGUUAGAGGGCUACCAUCACACCAACAUCACUGGGAUGAGCUUCACGCCGAUCCAGGGCCGAGCCGGCUCCAUCCAGGCUGCUGUCUCGCUGGAGCUCAACAGUGACGUGAUCACCAGUCUGGACCUGGUACUGGAGGGGCUAAACGGACAGCUCCCCAACCUGGACCUGGUCAACCUCUUCCACGCCUUCUGCCAGAAGCUCGGCAUCCUCUGCACCAUUCAGGGGAAGCUGCAGAGGAACGACUGGGACAGUACGGAGGGUUACACUCACGCCGCACAGACCAUGAUACUGAUGGUGCUGAAGCAGGCGAGCGGUCGGCCCUGGGGUGACCACGGCCUCUUCCUGCGCUACCACAUCGAGGCUGUGACCAUCCGCGGCAUCAACAGCUUCAGACACUACAAGACCGACGCCACCACUUUGGGCAGGCUGCUGGAGGGAAUGUUCAGGAAGUUGAAUAACCUCCUGGAGAGACUUCACCAGUCCUACUUCUUCUACCUGAUGCCUUCGCUGUCUCACUUCGUCUCUAUUGGAUACUACAUGCCUGCGUUUGGUCUGCUGGCUGCCAUCCUGCUGCUGCGAGCGAUGGAUCUGUGGGUCCAGAUCGGGAGUCCAGCUCCAGUAACGCAGGAUGGAGUCAGUGAAGUAGAACCGCCAUCUAGUCCAGGUGUCCUUUCUGUGCUGACUCCGAUAGUGAUCUGCCACCUGACUGGCGUGGCUCUGUACACACUCCCCAUCCUGUUGCAGGAAACCGCAGUAGAGCACUUCCCUGUGUCCGAGACCGAGGCAGUCGUGCUCACCGCCAUCGCCAUCUACACUGCGGGCCUGGCACUGCCCCAUAACACACACAAGUUGAUCUCGGGUGAGGGCACGGAGCAGGGUUGGCAGGUGCUGAAACUGGCGGCUCUACUCUAUCUCGCUGUGCUGCUCGGCUGCACGGCUCUCAUCAACUUCUCCCUGGGCUUCAUCCUGGCCAUCACGUUGGUGCCUGCUGCUGCCUGCGUCACGCCACACAUGCCCAAGUCUUUAGGUGCCUUGGCGAUGGUGCUGCUCAGUCCAGGCUGCACAAUCUUGUACUGCAUCUUCCUCUUCCAGGACCUCCAGGAAGCACCGGUCACGUUGUCCGAGUGCUGUGUGCUCUUCCUGUCCGUUAUCUCUCAGGGCAUCCUUGACCACACCCUCUACGGUUCACUGGUCUACCCGCUGUUGGCACUGUUUGUGUAUCCGUGCUGGCUGCUGCUCUGGAACGUCCUGUUCUGGAAAUAACAAAAUGAAAAUACUGAACCUGUCAGGGACACCGAUCAGAAGCACUCAGCCUGCCUUGGGGUACACCUGAGGGGCAGUUUGGGGGAAACGGGGCAGGGCUUAAUGAACAUCUAUGGUGGGAGUGGUCAAGAAUAUGGGAGGAGCUACUGAAACAUAAGACAUAGGAAAAUAUCAGGAAAAGAAAAUUGCAAAGGACAUUUUCUUCAAGUUAUUUCUUCUGUUGUUUGUUUUAGAAGAUUAAAUAGGAAAGUAUUUUGUUUAACACUGGAAGGAAACACAUGGGAAAUAUGGGUGGGUUUUGUUUUUCUUUAAAUAAAAGUACAUGUGAGUGUUUGUCUUGGUACUCGAUACUUCAAAACAGCUAGCAGGACUCAAUGAGUAUUCACACUAAUGGCACAUUACACUGUGUGAAAAUACAGCUAGAAAGAGAACAAGCUCACUUUUUAAGCCUUACUGGCAGCAGGAAGCUGAUAAACUGGGUACUUUUCUCUUAAUGUCACAAGGUGUUCUGAACAAAGUAAAUGAGGCACAACGUCAUGAAGGCAAGCAUAUGCCACACUAACACAACCUGUGAUGGUUUUAGUUUUCUUUAGUUUUCUUCUUUCUUGGGAAAUCUGUUCUCAGAGUUGAACAGUCUUUCUUUUUUCUAACAUGAUCUGAAAUGUACUUUUUUUUUUGUUAAUAAAAUGCCUAAAAACUGAAA